CCUUGGGAACAAAUAUUGAAUUUGAUCUGAGGAGCACGCUUCACUAUUUUAGCUUUCUUGUGUAGAAAGAUUUGGUUAAGAGAGAGAGAGGUUCGCGUUAAGAGACAGACUUGUGUAGAAAGACUUGGUUGAGACGGAGAAAGACCGCGCGUUAAGAGGGAGAAAGACAGCGCGUUAAGAGAGAGAAAGAGCAUUGAGAUUUGAGAAAGACAGAGGGAUGGAGGCUUCGAAGCUUGAACAUGAAGUUGCAGGAGCUCAUGAUGCCCUACGUUUUGGAUUACCAGGCGUCAAGAGCGAUAUCACUAUCUCUCACCCACUACAAUCUAUCCAACAAAAGAAGCGGAAAGAAGAAUUGAAGCGCAUGGUUUUGAUGAACACCUAUGGUUCGGCUUUGCCCUUGAAAAUGGACCUGGACAUGCAAAUUCUUUCGAGAUUUCAAAGACUUCCAGGGCCCUUGCCAUCCUCCAUGCUGGGUCUAGAGGCUCUCACAGGGGAGUUGGAUGACAUUGGUUUUGAAGAUUAUCUGAAUGAUCCUCGUGACUCUGAAAGCUUUAGGCCAGUGGAUAUGCACAAUGGGAUGGAAGUACGAUUGGGCCUCGCCAAGGGGCCAAUUUGCCCGAGCUUCAUCUGAUGUCAACUUAUCACUUGAGAAAAGGCAUUUUGUUACCCAUAUUAAGGGAAUAUAUUGAUUAGAAUCUUCUAGUAGGCAUUUUGUUGCCCAUAUUAAGCGAAUAUAUUGAUUAGAAUCUUCUAGUUUUGGGACCUGGUCUGGCCAAUUUUAGAGGCAUGGGGUUUAAACUUUGUUUGGCACAUGAAAAUUGGAGAGAUAUUGUUGAAUUUCGUGGACGCUUCUUCCUGGUUGGAUUUGCUUGAUCUGUCUGACUUUCGCCAGUCCAACAGUCCCUGGUUUUAUAGGCAAGGAUAUGAAAGCAUUGGGCUUUGUUAUUGGAUGGCGCUUGGCUGGUUUAUGGUUUAAUGGGGAAGUAGAGAAAACUAAUGACCUGCUGGCUAUAUAGGUGGUUUGUAUAAGGCUGAGGCAUUUGAACAAUUAAAGGAGGGCGCACCUUCAAAUAGUAUUGAAAUAUAUUGUUUCAGUAU